AAGGAGACACAACAGUCGCUCAGAGGAGGAGAAAGGAGCAACAGAGGCAUCCCGGUUCCUUCAAGGGGAAGAAGAGGACGAGGAGCUGGUACAUUUUUUAUUCCUUUUCCCAUCUCUGUGGCAUGGUUUCCCCCUUUAUUCCCACUUUCUCUCCAGCAUCCCCGCCUCCUCCUCUCCAUCCUUCCCCCUCUCGCUGGCUCGGGGACCGCACUGCUGCAGCUGAGUGAAACGGUUCAAGCUAUGGUUCUCAUCCUGGCUGCCACCGCAGCAGCCAUGAGCAGCGGCGGUGGCAACGGCUUCAACACUUCCUCCCCCCUCGACCCAUUCGACUCCUCAACGUCUUGGAGCGUAAGCGAGGAUCCCUCCAACUCUUCUUCAGAGCCCUUCUUGAGAACUCUGACUCCGGACCUCCAGCCGGCGACCACUGCUGGCACCGUGCAGGAAGUCAGCCCUUGGGAUAUUGCGUUGUGCGUAACGGGGACGCUCAUCUCCUGCGAGAACGCCUUGGUCAUCGCUGUGCUGUUCUACACGCCGACACUUCGCGCGCCCAUGUUCAUCCUGAUCGGAUCGCUAGCCGUGUCAGAUCUUCUGGCUGGUCUGGGCCUCAUCUUAAACUUCAUCUUCACCUAUUUAAUCGACAACUCGGUGGAAUUUGUGACGUUGCUGUCGGUCGGAUUUCUCAUCUCGGCCUUCUCCGCGUCCGUCUUUAAUAUCCUCGCCAUUACGGUUGACCGCUACCUGUCGCUGUAUAACGCCCUGACCUACCACACCGAGCGGACAGUCACUUUCACCUAUAUGAUGGUGGUUUUUAUCUGGGUGACGUGUGUCACUCUGGGCCUGCUGCCGGCGCUCGGAUGGAACUGCUUCAAAGACCAGUCUACGUGCAGCAUCUGUCGCCCAGUCACCAAAAACAAUGCGGUGGCGCUCGCUGUCACCUUCCUCCUCGUCUUUGCCCUCAUGAUGCAGCUGUACCUUCAGAUCUGCAAAAUCGCAUUCCGCCACGCACAGCAGAUUGCAGUACAACACCAGUUCAUGGCCAUCUCCACCACCAAAGGGGUCUCCACGUUGUCGGCCAUCCUGUGUGCCUUCGGGGCGUGCUGGCUGCCAUUUGCCAUGUACUCCAUUGUGGCCGACUCCAGCUACCCCAUGAUAUACACCUACGCCACCGUCCUUCCGGCCACCUGCUGCUCCGUGAUCAACCCCGUCAUCUAUGCUUUCCGAAACCCAGAUAUCCAGAAGUCUCUGUGGAUGGCUUGCUGUGGGUGCGUCCCAUCCAACCUCUCCUUAAGACCCAGGACUUCCAGUGACGUGUAGCAAAAAAGGCUAGGGGGGUCUAGGAUGAUGCAAGACAAAGAGUCGGGGUAAAAGGAUCAAGAGUUUGGUGUGAGAAAGGCAAGAAGGCUUUGCUCUCCUUCUCGCAUCAGGGCUGGAAAGCUGAUGACAAACGCUGAGCUGGCCGCAGUCGAAGAGGCACCGACAGAUGACUGAGAGGAGGCAUGGUCAAAAAAAGAAGGAGCUAAAAAGUCCACGUUUGUAGCCUGGAGAACAACCAACUGCAGGAAGUAAGCAGCAGGAAACCAACUGCAAAAUCCUGAUUCAAGGUAUCUUUUAAAACUCUCUCCUUCUUUGGUGAAUGAGAGAAGUGAAGCCCCUCAUGAGUAGCAUAUGUGUGAAGGUGAAAUUUUAGUUGAGGAAAAAAAAAUUGUACGAAAUCUCCAGAGGACGCUCUGGAUGGUUAUGCAAUCAGGAAGGAUGCUUAAAAUACUGUACAUCUCUUCACUCAAGUGUUUGAAAUCAAGUGCUGUGUGGAUAAAAAUACAAUGAGCUAAAUAUACAAAAAUGAAUGACUUUCAACAUUCUCAAUGAGCUAUAUUUGUAGUCGUCUCUUGAUAAAUUACUAAAAAAAAACUGCUCUAAGUCAGCCAUGUUCCCUUUUUUAGAAGCAGAUUAGGUAGUUGAAAAGAGUGCAGCAAAAAUUAGCUCUGUAAUUUCCCCAUUACUUUCUAAGCCCAUUUUAAAUUUACCCAAUGCCAACAUCCCAGCCUUCUGUCAUCAAACGCUCAAAUGAAAAACAGAAAAAAAAAAAUCUAACCAUUUCGUGAACUGAUAAACAGGGAAAUUUUAGGGAGGGAUUACUAAAUUUAGACCUGGCAUAUGUUGUCCUUGGCGUCAUGACAUCAAACCUGUUCGGCAUCUGAGGAAAAAUGGGUUUCUCAGGCUGCUGCUGGGCUGUGACUACAAAGCGGAGAGCUGAAUUCAGCACCAAGGACAGCUCACUGCAGAGCGCCGCUACCCUGGGAAAUGCUCUCGGCUGUGGUGGUGGUGGUGCUGG